GCCAAGUGAAGACUAUACUGUCCCUGUUGCCAACCCUGUCUGCCGAGGCCACCACGUCGUUCUUUCCCCCACUCCCCGGCCCUCGCUGCUUCUUCUCGGCUACAGGCAAGCAUGGCAUUUGGCAGGUGGAACGAGGCUGUGCAGACUGACGGCCAAUUCAUCAUGGCCCAGGUCACUCAGAGGCUCUACGAGGGCGGUAACUUGCGUCCGGAUGCUUACUAUGAAAAGAUACCAGGCUUUGGGAGGACGAAGUAUAAUAAGGACUUCGUCUGGAGUCAGAAGAGGAUCAUUGAGUCUUGUGAUUGCGAUUUUGACAUCUGGGACGCGGCAAAAAAGUUCGAUAUCAGCUUGCAUUGGAUUCUCCAGAAGAAUGUAUGUGGCCUGCAACCCGCAGACGAAUUAUACAAACUUCUACAGAAACUUGUUCAUAAGAGGAAUGAGGUAAGUCAUUCAUUCGAAUUUGACGAUAAUGAGGACAUUAACGAAGAACUGGAUGAUCUUCUGUCUCUCUACAUAGAGAUUCUAGACCGCUUGGAGGAACGCAGCUUAUGUAAUCUGACUGAGGUUAAGAAACAAGUCAGAAAUUCAAUACAAGAAAAGAAACUUGAUUCGGUUUUCACCUCUUGGUCUCGACCAACGAUUGUGAACACGCGAGAAAUCGUUCGUAGCAACGCCAGUCGACGGGAGGAAAGUCCGGAAUGGGGAAAAGCCCUUGGUAUCGGCGGAGGAGUUCGUAGCAACGCCAGUCGACGGGAGGAAAGUCCGGAAUGGGGAAAAGCCCUUGGUAUCGGCGGAGGAGUUCGUAGCAACGCCAGUCGACGGGAGGAAAGUCCGGAAUGGGGAAAAGUCCUGGCUAUUGGCGGGGGAGUGGCGGUGGCGGGCGCAGCAGCCCUGGGUCUGGCGUCUCUCUUGUCCUCGAGGAGCAAGUCGCAGGAGGACGAGAGAAGAGAGCGUCAGAGGUCGAGAAACCAGACGAGCAGUCAGGAAGAAUGUGUCGUGAUGUAAAGUUCGGUCCUGUGACUCCACUAUGAUCGCCGGCUAGAAGGAGGUCGCGUUUCUGGAGCCUGUGGUCAGCGCG